UCUAAAAACGAUGUAAAGACGUUUUUUUGUUGCUAAAAUCUUAUUUUGAUGUCAUAACCUCAAUGUUCUUAAAAUAAAAGCCCACUUCAAUUGAAAGAUUAAAGUAUUCGAAACAUACAUUUUCAUUGCAUAUUCUUGUGCUCCUUAUUUUCCUGAAAUAUAAUUGAUACACUUUACUGUAUAUAAACUAUACCAAUGAAUAACGAACAAGUAAGACAUAAUGCAGUUUAUUAUCGCACUGUUUACAGAACUUCGCAUAAGCGAUAUCAGACGUUUAAGUGUACUCUAUUGUCAUCGACAUAAAAAUUAAAAUACAUUCAUUAUGUACUAUAUUUAAUGAAAAUUUACUUCAAGGAGUUAUAUUUACUGAAACAAUUAAAGAAUUUUUAUCGAAUUUUAACUAAAAACGAAAUGUCAUUAGCUUCUAAAAUUGAAUUUAAGAAACUGUGCAAUGUCUUUAAAGAAACUGAAAAAGCAUCCAGCGCUAAGAAGGUUGAGGUGUUAGAGAAAUUUAUCCAACAAUGUCGUAUUAUCAGCCUCAAAUUAAAAGCGGAAUUUCCAGAUAUGGAUGUUUCACUCUAUCCUGUAAUGAGAUUAAUCUUGCCUCAUCUUGAACGUGAACGAGGACCACACAAUUUAAAGGAAAAAUCACUUGCCGGUCUUUACAUUCGCGUGUUUUGUUUGGGUAAAAAUAGCAAGCAUGCAAAGAAACUUCUGCAAUACAAAGCACCAACAAGGAAGAAGAUUGCUGGAUGUGAUUUUGCAGGAAAAGCUUAUUAUAUUUUACAAAAUCAUUUACUACGUAACAGUUCCAAUUUCACAAUAGAAUAUAUUAAUGAAUUUCUUGAUAAUAUAUCAGGUGAAAGUAUUCAACAUAAGGAUGAAAUAUUUAAGAUGUUAUUGGCAAAAAUAAACCCAUUAGAAUUUAAAUGGAUAACACGAAUUAUUCUAAAAGAUUUAAAACUUGGUAUUGGGACAAAGAGAAUAUUACAAGUCUUUCAUCCUGAUGCAAAUAGAUCGUUUGAAGUAUCAUCUAAUUUGCAUCAAGUUUGCGAUACAUUAUAUGAUCGUCAAUUGAGAUAUCAUCAUAAUAUUAAAGUUUUCUUUCAUUUCAAACCUAUGCUGUUGGAAAGAUGUCACAUUGAAGAUGUAGAGAAACUUUUUGAUUCAAAUAAGGAGUAUUUUAUACAAACUAAAUAUGAUGGUGAACGAUCUCAAAUGCAUAUGAAAGAUGGCAAAUAUAAAUAUUUUACAAGACAAGGAUAUGAUAUCACAGAUAAUCCUAGUUAUGGGGAAACUAGUUCUUUAGGUUUCAUGAGUGGUGUAUUUAGUCGACUAUUAAAUCCAAAAUGCAAAUCAAUCAUUCUUGAUGGUGAAUUGAUGGGUUGGCAUAAAGAAAGGAAAUCGUUUGGUUCAAAAGGAAUGAGUUUUGAUGUUAAGAAGCUUUCAGAAAAUAGUCAUCAUCAGCCAUGUUUUGUUGCUUUUGAUAUUAUCAUGUAUAAUGAUACUUUACUUAAUAAUGAACCUUAUGCAAAAAGAUUAGAGAUUUUAAAAGAUGCAUUUAAAGAGGAAGAAGGAUGUCUAAUGUUGUGUAAAUCUACUAAAAUUUCUAACAGUGAGGAAUUACGUAAAAUAUUUAAUGAAAGUAUUCAAAACAAAGAAGAAGGGAUUGUAUUAAAAGAAUGUAACAGUAAAUAUAAACCAAAUGUGCGCGAUGGUAAUGGUUGUUAUAAAAUAAAAGCUGAGUACUCCGAUGAUUUGGUGCAAGAUGUAGAUUUAAUUAUUCUUGGUGGUUAUUAUGGCGAAGGAAAAUUUAUAGGUUUAAUGAAAAGCUUUUUAAUGGGAGUAGCCUCACCACCAGAAAUUUCUGGUGAGAAUCCUACGGAAUUUUUUUCCGUUGUAUCUGUUAGCAACGGUUUUUCUCUAGAAACAUUGAAAGAACUUUGGAAAAUGUUUGAAGGAAAAUGGCACACAGAACGUCCACAAAAUGUGGUGCCUCCUAGGCUUCAGCCGCCAGAUAAAUGGAUUCGGCCUGUUGAUUCCAUUAUUGUGACAAUACGAGCUACAGAGAUGACGCAAAGUAAUGAUUAUCCAACAGGAUAUAGUUUACGAUUUCCUAGAGUUAUGAAAGUUAGAACUGAUAAACCAUGGUACAGUGUUUGUACUACGGACGAACUUUUAUCUUUAAUUAAGGAUACACGACCAAUUCAGAAAUUAACAAAACGAGAAGUAAAUUACGAGGACAUAGAAGAAUCCCCUAAACAAAAACUACGCAAAAUAAAAUAUCGUUUACCAAAAUUCGAAAGUAAAACAAUGAAAUUUAGCAAUUAUGACAAUUGUCUUACUCGACUUUUUGAUGAUAAAGAAAUUUAUGUGAUAAAUGGAGAUAAUGAAUUACCUAAGGAACGUAUUGAAGAAAUUCUUUUGCAGCAUAAAGCAAAGGUUGUGCAAAGCCCGUCGAAAAAUAACUAUUGUAUUAUUGUUGACAAUCCUAGAACGUCCAGAGCAAACAAUAUCAUAAAGAGUAAAAGGUAUGAUGUAGUGACAUUAGAUUGGUUCAGACGAGUUACUAAAGAAGAAAAUUGGCCAUCGUUACAAGACUUUUUACCAUGGGACUUAAUAUCCUGUCGUGAAUCGACAAAGCAACGAUUAGCACAAUAUUAUGAUGAUUAUUACGAUAGCUUUACUGUAAAUGCGAACAAAGAGAGUUUGUUACGUUCGUUUAAAAGGAUUGAAGCAAUGAAGAUAGCCCAUGAACUUGAUUGCGCGCAAAUGAAAGAAAUAGAUGAAGAAUUAUUUGAGGAUGGCAUAUCACCAUAUUCCAAUUUUCGAGGCAUAGUAGGCUACUUUGAUGAUGAUCCGUCAAAUGGAUCAAAGUUUGAGUUUCAUUUUAUGGGUGGAACGAUUAAAGAAACCCUGGACGAUUCCGUUACACACGUAUUUAUUAGUAAAGAUUUCAUAAAUCCUGAACUUGAAAACUUGAUCGAAGAUAAGUCACGGGAAUCAUUAACAGUUGUUAAGAGCGAAUGGAUUGGAAAAUGUUUCCAACAAGGAGCAAUUAUUGCUAAUACGUCGUAUUUAAUUUAGAAAUGAAAUUGUCAAUAGAUUUUCAUUGAUAAGUACAAUAUUAAUUUGUAUAUACAUCUUUAUGUAUUUAUAUACAUAUAAAUCUAUACGAAUGGGAAGGAAGUUUAUUCUAAAAUAAAUUUAUAAAUUUAAGCGCCGUGGUUGGUCUUUUAUUGUUGAAAUACAAUUUUGGAAUCGAGUCAUUAACAAAAGAAAAUUUGACGUAUAGGCGUUACGAGUAUAUUUGUAACAUGAAUACCGAAAAUAUAUAGAUUCAUUUUGGCUCAUAUUUUCGUUAAGUGCUAAAGAAACUGGGUACUAGACGGAGUGACAGUUGGACAGUUCUCUCAUUUAACAUCCCGUUUCGAAAUAUUUCUUCUCGGUUCAAGUCGGCACCCCUUACUGUUCUCGUUUUAUUUCAUCGGAAUGCGUGCAAAAUACAAGGCAACGAAAGGGACGCAGCUGCGACGUUUCCUUUACAAAGCCCGCCAUUCAGAGAGAUUCUCGACAAGAUUAAGACGAGA